AUGCUGGGCUUCAGUAAACGUGAGUUGCCUUCAAGCCUGUCAAAUUUAUAUUAUUCAUGUUACACUUGAUACCUUCUUACCUUAUUUUUAUGUUUCAGUCCGUUUUCUCGACUUUGUCGCGCCAUUUUGCAAGUUGGUGCCGAGCAUUGCGAUUCCGCAAAGGGAGGUCAAAUUUGGGGAGAAAUUGAUUUGGACAUUGUUGUCAUUGUUCGUGUAUUUGGUCUACUGUCAAGUCCCAUUAUAUGGUAUGUAAAAAAAUAUUUUUUUUAUCACACUUCAAUCUUAUUUCUUGCAGGAAUUGAGCAUGGAGACUCCGAGGAUCCUUUGUAUUUUCUUCGGCUUAUGAUGGCUUCGAAUCACGGCACCCUGAUGGAGUUGGGGAUCACUCCAACGUUGACAUCCUCGAUGAUUAUGCAGUUGAUGGCCUCGACUGGGAUUAUUCAAGUGGAUGGAACACGUAAAGACUUGAUCCUCUUGAGCCGUGCACAAAGACGUAAGUUUUUGAUUCGAGGGGAAGACUUGACACAUUUGGGUCAAGUGUUUUACUGAUAGAAUCAAGUGGCAGAAAUUCAAGGAAAUACGAAAUAGAGGCUUUUAGAUGCAAUACCUAAAUUUUUAUUUUUCCUGCACCGCGGGAAAGACUUGACCAAAACGUGUCAACUGUUCCUCUCAGCUAGAAUCCUUUCUCCAAAUGAAUUUUUUAUUCUUUGGACUUACUGUAACAUUCGUUUUCCAGUCGUUGCCUUGCUUUUUCUCUGGGGCCAAGCCACUCUCUACGUCUUCUCUGGAAUCUACGGUUCUCCAUUCGAGCUGGGCCUGGUCAACUGCAGUCUGAUCGUCCUGCAACUGGCCAUGUCCGGGCUGAUCAUGAUGCUGCUGGACGAUAUGAUGCAAUCCGGCUAUGGUCUUGGAAGUGGAACCAAUCUUUUCAUUGCUACAAAUCUCUGCGAAAUGAUUGUUUGGAAGGCAUUUAGUCCGCUGGUAAUCAGUGCCGGAAAUGGAAAAAAGUUUGAGGGAGCGGUGUUGGAGCUGGUCAAGCUGUUGAUCGACAAGGAGGAGAAGUUCCAAGCCUUUGAAGAGGUGCUGUUAAGGAAGGGAUUACCGAAUUUGAUGAGCUUAGGAUGGACGAUGGUUUUGUUCUUUCUGAUUGCGUAUUUACAGGUAAAAAUGGGAUGGAUGGGGAUGAAAUUAAGCUCGGAUCUUUGAUCUUACCAUCUCCAAAUUUUAUUUUCAGGCCUUUCAACUCGAAAUUCCCCUCGUUUCGGCCAAUUCUCGCGGCCAAACCGGCGUUUUCCCGAUAAGAUUGGCCCACACUUCCAACAUGGGCGUCUUCAUUCAAAACGCCCUUGUGUCUAAUAUCCUCACCAUCUCCAAACUCCUUUCUGUUAACUUUUCCGGCUAUUUCAUCGUCGAUUUCAUCGGCGUUUGGGAGACUAUGGAGAGCGGACGCAAUGAACCCACGUGGGGAAUAUCCUACUAUUUGACGUCCGUGAAUACGCUAGAAGAGUUCCAAAAGGACCCAUUUCGAGCAGUGGUCAAUGUCACAUUCACAUUGUUGUCGUGCACCUACUUUUCGGUCAUUUGGCUGAGGUUCUCGGGCAAGUCGGCAAAGGAUAUCGUGGAGAAAAUGAAGAGGGAGAAGUUGAUGGUUGGUGGGCAUAGACAUAGUAGCAUGGUAAGUAAAAAGUAUCAGAGGAAAAGAGAUGGUUGGGGAGCAAAAAUACGACUAUUUUGGAGAUGGUUGAACCAUUUUUCGGAGAAUUUUUAUGUUACACUUUGUGAUAGCGGCUCAAAAAAGGUUGUAAACUGCAUUAUAUUGAUAAGGGCAUGUCACAAAUCAAUUUUAAGUUGCAUCAAAUCGGAAAUUUUUUAUUUUUUCGUUGUUUUAGUUAAAGAGGAACACUUGACCCAAGUGUGUCAACUCUUCCCCUCGGUCAAAAAAUGGCCGAAACUGGUGAAUAUCGUGAGAUGAUUGAUUGAUAAUUUUAAAAUAGCUUCUAUAUUUUUUAAUGGAACAGGAGUUUCAUAAAAAAUUCGAGUAUAACAGCUCGCGCUACACAAUUGCAAUUCCAUCAUCUUUUUCAGACCAAAUACCUAAAUCAAUACAUUCAAACGGCCGCUGCUCUUGGAGGAAUUGGAAUUGGAGUGCUGUCAAUAUUGGCUGAAAUUUUGGGUAGGCUUUUUUUGAAAUUUCUUCGUAUAGAAGAAUAUUAUAUUACUUAUACCAAAAGCCGAUAAUUUUUUUACAUUUGCAUAUCUUGGUACUGUAUGUAAAUCCAUUAAUUUAAGGUGUGAUCGGCUCCGGGGCUAGUAUUCUGAUGACAGUCAACGUGAUCUGCAGCUAUUACGACGCGUUUGAGAAGGAAAAUGCUGAUGAAUCCAAGAAAAAAGUGAUCAGCCCGCAGAAAAUUGGACGCAAAUAG